GGGGAGGAGGCAUGUGUCGAGUGAUGUGCUGAUGAAGACAGUGUCGCUCCUGGUGGCCAGACCGCAAACUAAGAGUCGCUUCCAGGUGAAGGCUGCCGGCGAAAAGCACAGUGUAAUCCAUCUGCCGCGGCGGUGGCAGAGCAACCGGCCUUCGACAUCACAGUGAUAGUGGAUCCGGUGUCACGUGGUGCUCAGAAAAUGGCGCCCCAUCCUGACUGUAUUGAGGCAUGUUGUCAACUGCCACAUUCGCAUCUUCCUCAACUGCCUCGAGAAAAACAGCGAUAUGCCGCUCAAGAGUUUCUACCGUUACGUGCUAGAACCGGAGGUGCAGUUCACUGCGGACGGGCACCUUGCGUCCGGUCCAUACGCCAAGUUUACGAACAUGCCGGGUGCGCCGCUGCUCACACAAAACAUGCAUGUACCUGAGAACUGGCUCGUAGAGAGCAUUGUCAGUCCCUACGACCUUGACAACAUACGCUUGGAGGAGGUCGAGAGUGCUGUUCACAGUCAAUUCGAGCUGGAGCACUGUUGCUGGAGGGGCACUGCUUCGAGGCAACAAUGGCAAUCCACCACGUGGCCUGCAGAUGACGCUGGGCACGGAGACGCAGCCAGUGGUGGUCGACACCAUAGUCUGGCCAACCUCGGUACUUCCAACUCAAGGCCAACCUGGCGCAUGGCUGCUACGGUUGAGGCAGGGCCGCUCAGCUGAGAUAUUCGAUAUCACUAGUCACGAAGGCUCGGAUACGCCGGUGAACUCGACCGACAUCAAGGUGCUGAUCAGCUCGUUCCGGUCGCACGUGUUGAAGCUGCGAGUCACCAAGAAGCCAGACAAGAUAGGGAUGGACCUCCUCGGCGAGGACGAUGAC